GGCCUGGCGGAGGCGCCUCUUCUGCCGCCGCCCGCGCCGCCCGCGCCCCCCGCGCCCCCCGCGCCCGACCGGCCCUGCGGCUGCGGAGGGACGCUCGGGGGCGGCGCGGCAGGCAGGGCGCGCUCCGCACCUGCGGCAGCCGCUCGGCGAUGGCGCGGCGCAGGCCGGGGCCGCGGGCGUCCUGAGCGCAGCGCUGCCGGGGAUGCCGCCGCGCCGCCGGCCCCGGCCAUGUCGUCGUCUUUCUUCAACCCCAGCUUCGCCUUCAGCUCGCACUUCGACCCCGACGGCGCCCCACUCAGCGAGCUGUCCUGGCCGUCCUCCCUGGCUGUGGUGGCGGUGUCUUUCUCUGGACUCUUCACUGUCAUCGUCCUCAUGCUGGCCUGCCUGUGCUGUAAAAAGGGGGGCAUCGGGUUCAAGGAGUUUGAGAAUGCCGAGGGGGAAGAGUCCUCGGCCGACUUCUCGGCGCACAGCUCCCCGGCAGCAGUGGCUCCGAACGGGCCCGACGUGUAUGUCCUGCCACUCACGGAAGUCUCCCUGCCCGUGGCCAAGCAGCCGGGGCGCUCAGUGCAGCUGCUCAAGUCCGCAGACCUGGGCCGGCACAGCCUCCUGUACCUGGAGGAGAUCGGCCACGGCUGGUUUGGAAAGGUGCUCCUCGGGGAGGUGACCUCGGGCAUGGGCAGCACCCAGGUGGUGGUGAAGGAGCUGAAGGCAAGCGCCAGCGUGCAGGACCAGAUGCAUUUCCUGGAGGAGGCGCAGCCGUACAGGGCCCUACAGCACAGCAACCUGCUCCAGUGCCUGGCCCAGUGCACCGAGGUGACCCCCUACCUGCUGGUGAUGGAGUUCUGCCCCAUGGGGGACCUCAAGGGCUACCUGCGGAGCUGCCGGGUGGUAGAGUCCAUGGUACCUGACCCCCUGACCCUGCAGCGCAUGGCCUGCGAGGUGGCCUGUGGCGUCCUGCACCUGCAUCGCAACAACUAUGUGCACAGUGACCUGGCCCUGAGGAACUGCCUGCUCACGGCUGACCUGACAGUGAAGGUUGGCGACUAUGGGCUUUCUCACGGAAAAUACAGAGAGGACUACUUUGUGACGGCUGACCAGCUGUGGGUGCCUCUGCGCUGGAUCGCGCCUGAGCUGGUGGAUGAGGUGCACUCUAACCUGCUGGUGGUGGAUCAGACCAAGGCCAGCAACGUGUGGUCCCUGGGUGUGACCAUCUGGGAGCUCUUUGAGCUGGGCGCACAGCCCUACCCUCACCACUCCGACCGGCAGGUGCUGGCCUACACGGUCCGGGAGCAGCAGCUCAAGCUGCCCAAGCCUCAGCUGCAGCUGACCCUGUCUGACCGCUGGUACGAGGUUAUGCAGUUCUGCUGGCUGCAGCCGGAGCAGCGGCCCACAGCCGAGGAGGUGCACCUGCUGCUGUCUUACUUGUGCGCCAAAGGCACCACCGAGGCGGAGGAGGAGUUUGAGCGGCGUUGGCGCUCUCUGCGGCCGGGCAGGGGCGGUGCGGGUCCCCCGCCAGGAGCAGGAGGCCUGGCACUGGGGGGCGCCGGUGAGCUCGCCGCCGUGUCAUCCUUCCCGCUGCUGGAGCAGUUCGCGGGUGACGGCUUCCACGCAGACGGCGACGACGUGCUGACCGUGACCGAGACCAGCCACGGCCUGAAUUUCGAGUACAAGUGGGAGGCGGGCUGCGGCGCCGAAGCGUUCCUGCCGCCAGGGGGCGCGCUGAGCCCGGGCCACGAGGUGCGCCGGCCGGAGCUCUGCGGCCCCGACAGCGCGCCCCCUGGCGUGGUGCCCGUGCUGAGCGCGCACAGCCCCUCGGUGGGCAGCGAGUACUUCAUCCGCCUAGAGGAGCCCACCCCCACCGCUGGCCACGACCCCGACUGUGCUGGCUGCACCCCCAGCCCCCAUGCCCUGGCCCCGUGCCUCAACAAUGGCAGUGACCACGAUGACGACUCUGAUGGCAGCCUGGCCCCCUCGCUGGCCAUGGAGCCCCUGCUGGGCCACACGUCACAUGCUGAAGGUCCCGGUCCCUGGGGUCACUGCGACUACUACCCGUCCAGAAGCCACGCUCAGGACCUGCUGGGCCUGCCAAGCUCACCCUCGCUGGGAGCCCUGCUGGUGGAGCCUGCAACAGAGGACACUGACUGGGAUGGGGCCACCUUCUGCUCACCUUUCCUGGAGGACCAGUUGGGCAUGUCCUCCGGGAGCUGUGGGGCCCCCCUGUGUCUGGGCAGGGAGGCACAUGGGGAGGCUGAGGUGCGCAAGGCCACCCAGCACAGGCACUGGAGCUCCGACAUGUCUGCCAAUGACGGUGGUGAUGGGGCACGGGGGCCCCAGGACGCGGGCUGCUGUCCUGGCCUAGAGUGCACCCUGCGGGCAGCCCCCGAGGCGAGCCACCCCCUGGCCCCAGAGGAUCCCAGAGAGCCUCUCCUUGGAGCAAAGGGAGCCUCCUCUGGCCAAGAGCCAGGCCGCUGCCCUGGCCUCCCCCAGCUGUGUCCUGCUGAGAGCCUGCCAUCCGCCACCUGCCUGGUCGUAUUGCCCCGGACAGAGGCAGCUGUAAGUGGGGGUGACAGCCCCCAGGCAGAGCCCAGGCUUGCUGAAGAGGCCGAGGGCUCUGCUGGACUCCAGCUGCCCCUUCCCUCCAUCCCAUCUCCAUCCCAGGAGGGAGCCCCUCUUCCCGCUGAAGAGGCCAGUGCCCCCUCUGUCCUGCCAGCCACGCCCACUGGCAGCAGGUCGACUGCCACCAAGCCAACCCAGGCCCUGGAGACACCAGCAAGCAAGGAUGGGGACACGGCGGAGGCCCCUUGCAGUGGCUUCACGGACUUGGCUACCAGUGGUUGGGAGUCCAAGGUGCCUGAUGUGACGCCAGCCCUCCCAUCCCAGCAGAAGCAGGUGGGCACCCCCAGUUCCCUGGACUCGCUGGACGUCCCGCACUCAGCCGGCGAUGGCUGUGAGGUUUUCAACCUGUUGGCUGCCGGCCCUCCCAGUGGGCAGCCCCGAGCCCUGGACAGCGGCUAUGACACAGAGAACUAUGAGUCUCCUGAGUUUGUGCUCAAGGACGCACACGAGCCGAGUGACCCCGGGGCCCCAGAGGAAGAGAGCCUGGGGCCCGAGACUCGGCUCUGCACCUCCCCGGGCGGCCUCUGUGAGAAAAACCCCUACCGCGACUCGGCCUACUUCUCGGACCUGGAUAUGGAGCCCGAGCCCACCGCGUGCCCCGAGGAGAAGCAGGGAGUGGUCCCGGGCCCUGGGCCAGAGCAGGACCCAGUGUGCUCUCAGAGCUGCGGGCUGCAGGCCACACGGUCCUUCCCUGAGCCUGGGGCUGUGGAGGCGCCACUGCCACACCCGCUGCUGGGGGACUACUGCCCAGAGCCGCGUGCCUGCCCUCCCUGGUCCCAAGGCCCAGCCCAGGUGUCACCCAUGCCCAGCCCUGGGCGCUCCAAGAUGUUCCUGCUGACCCCAGUCCCACGGAGCUCAGAGAGCUGCCUCUUGGAGCUCCAGGAGGCCCCGGAACUGCUGCCUGGGUCGGCCCUGCAGGAACGGACGGGGGGCACAGGCGCCCCCAGAGCCCCACUCCUCCCAGCCCCGCCGGGGCUCCCCACUGCCCUGGAGGGCCGGCUGGAAGAGGAGGACGGCAGCGAGGACAGCGAUGAGUCGGACGAGGAGCUCCGCUGCUACAGCGUCCAGGAGCCGGGCGAGGACAGUGAGGAGGAGGCGCCGCCCGUGCCCGUGGUGGUGGCCGAGAGCCAGAGCGCGCGCCACCUGCGCAGCCUGCUCAAGAUGCCCAGCCCGCUGUCCGAUGCCUUCUGCGAGGACUUGGAGCGCAAGAAGAAAGCCGUGUCUUUCUUCGACGACGUCACCGUCUACCUCUUUGACCAGGAAAGCCCCGCCCGGGAGCCCGGGGAGCCCUUCCUCAGCGUCAAGGACUCGCCCCCACUGUUCCUGGCCAGCAGCCCGGGCUCCCCCAGCGCCCCCGGCCGCCCAAGACCGGCUGACCGCCCCCGCGACGGCUCCGCGGCGGGAGAGGGAGGUUUCGGGUGGGAUGACAGCUUCGCGCCAACGCCCGCCUCGGAGCCCGGCCCUCCGGCGCCUGCCGCGUCCCCCGAGCCGGCCGCGCGGGGCUCCUCGCGCUUCACAGUGUCACCCGCUCCAGGCUCCCGCUUCUCCAUCACGCACGUCUCCGACUCGGAAGCCAGGCACGUGGGAGGUGCAGGGGGCAGCUGUAAAGAGGCGUGAGGCCCAAUUGGCCCCACCUGGGAGCCUCCGCUGGUCCUGCCCCAGGCAGCGUGAGGACGGCGACUCAGAGCUGGGACCUCGGUCCUGGCCGCAGUCAGCAGCGGCUUCCAGGCCCGUGGAGCCUCACACAGCCCUUUGGAGGCACAGGCUGGAACGAGGCCCCUCUCCAGCCCUGGACGGUGGAGUGGCCAUGCGCACCAGCCCCGUGCUGCCCUGGGGGCAGAAUCUGCCCUGGACAUUGGGUUUGCUGCUGGCCCGCAGGGAUGCCCUGCAGCCCCAGGCUGCCCACACCCCACAGCUGCCCCUCCACUCUGGACCCCCACUGUUGGACUGCUUGCCUUCCGAGGUGAGGGGGCCUCUUGGCUGGGGGAUCCUGGCACACCCAAUGCACUGGCUCCUGUGGUGCACUGCAGGAUGCCCACCCCAGUGAGAGUGGGCCCAGGCCCACUGGGACGGCCUUCCCCGGCCCCUUUCAUCCUUUCCGUCUGGGUCUGGGGUUGCUCAGUGUAGGAAGAGGACCCCAGCUUGUGUGCCCCUGGCUCCCUGCUCUCCUCACCCCAAGUCUGGCUCUUACUCCCCCCUCACUGACUCAGCCGGAUCUGUGAACCCUCUUCCCCACUGGUCUCGGCUGCCUCCCAUCUGGGUCCCACCGCUAGAGCCCAGGCUGAUGGGCCAAGCUGGGGAGCCCACAAGAUGAGGGGCUUCUGGGCCACACCCCUGCCACCUUGGCCCGGUUCUAGAGGGGCCCUCAGCUGGCUGGCGCAGGCAGCUCCCCUCUGCAGGGCACUGCCCAGCCUGGCCCAGCUGCCAAGGGAGGGCAGGCUCCUGCCCCCAGGAUAGGACAGUGGGGAGGGCUGGAGCUGGGAAAAGGCUGGGGGGCAGGGCAGCACGGGGAGUAUUUUUUUAAUGGCUGGUGUCCACAUGAAUGGAAAUGCGAUGAUUUAAGUUACUGCUGCCAAAGAGACAGAAAGGACAUUGCUGCUCUCCGGUGUGUGGGGGUGCUUGUUUUAGGUUUGUGUCUUGUUUUUUAUUAGUUUGAGGCUUAGGAUGCUGGUGCAAUGAUUUUCCUGUUCCUUUUUUUUUUUUAAAGAGAAAUCAAGCUAAGAAAAAAAAAAGCCUUCAUGCUAAGCUUGUG